CGCGCCCAUAAGGGCUCUCCCGAGGGGGCGGUGGCCUUCGCGCUUUCCUUCCGGCGGCGGCGUCUGUCGUCCUGGGGCUCCGCCGGUCGGUGUCCCGGAGGCUCCGCCAUGGCGCCGUCCGGCCCGCCGGUAGCCAGCCCGCUGCCCCGCACUGAGCACCACUAGCCUCAGCCGAGCCCCUCCGCCGCCGCCAUGAGCUCCCGGCAGCCGGACGCUCCCGCUCUGGAGCAGGGCGGCGGGGCCCGUCCCGGCAAGAUGUCGCUGCCCCUCGGCGUGCCGCGGCGGGCCUUCAGCUACGACGAGGGCCUGGAGGACACGGCGCCCAUGACGCCGCCGCCCGCCGACCUGUGCGCCAGCGUCCUCUGGAAGCAGCCGGUCAUCCCCGAGCGCAAGUACCAGGAGCUCUCGAAGAUUGAGGAAGGGGAUGCUGGCGUGAAGGCACCUGUAAUGACUCCUUCAUCGUCCACCGAAAGUGUCAACAAGGUACCCGUGGUGAAGGCCAAGGCCACUCAUAUCAUCAUGAACUCUCUCAUUACAAAGCAGACUCAGGAGAGCAUCCAGCGCUUUGAGCAGCAGGCAGGGCUGAGAGAGGCUGGCUACACUCCCCACAAAGGCCUCACUACUGAGGAGACCAAGUACCACCGCGUGGCUGAGGCAGUCCAUAAGCUAAAAAUGCAGAGUGGAGAGAUGACAAAAGAUGACAAACAGACUUCUUCUGCUCAGUCCACUCCAAGCAGCACUCCCUACUCCUCUCCCAAGCAUAAAACCAGGGGUUGGUUUAGUCAGGGAUCCUCUGCUUCUAUCACGGGCCCAGACCUUGCCAUGGAAGGCAGUGGGGACAAAUUGCCAUCUGAGAGAUGGAGCUUUUUUGGACCCAAGGCCAUCCAGAAAUCCACAAACGAUCCAGGAGGUUUUACCAUCCAAUCCUAUAAGGGUGCCCAAAAGCCAUCCCCAAUGGAGCUGAUGCGUGCUCAGGCUACUAGGAUGCCAGAGGAUCCAGUCACCUUCAAACCACCCAAAAUGGACAUUCCGGUCACAGAAGGGAGGAAACAAUCUCCACGUUCCCACAAUAUCAAACCUCGGGAUCUGAACGUGCUCACUCCCACUGGGUUCUAGGAAAAAUGUUUCUGGGGUCGUAGCUAGACCCCCAGCUAACCCUCAGCAGGCCAGAGGGUGUCUUAGGCUCUGCUUUCCUGUUGUGCUGCAGUAAAAUAGGGAAGUCUCCCUUCCAGCUCUUCAUCUCAGAAAAAGUUGUGACUGUCCUCCUGAAGCCAGUCUUGGAAAAGCUCCUGCACUAGUACUAAACCAAUGUAAAUCAUCCUCUGUCAUGUUGCACCAGUUUGGUCUGCUGGGUUGCACCAGAUGUGCUUCCCAGUGCCCUGCACCACAGUAAAACCUUGAACCAUGUUUUGUGGGACAGACCUGCAUGUGGUGUGCGAGCAGGCUGGCUUGGCUGUGUUCUGAUUGUCUUGUCCUGCUCAGUGCUGAAGUACCCUCAGGAGCACCAUGGUUUUGUUUGGCAGGUACAGAACACCAGUGGAAUAUGAUGAAAACAAGAUGAGACUAAAAACUGGGCCAUUAACUGCCAGAAAGGAAGUUGCUCUGGGAAUGUGGUGGGUUGGUUUUAAAUGGGGCAACCCCUUAUGAUCCAAUUCAACACCUGGAACUGCUUUUGCCCUUGGAUAUUUAUUUUUUUUAGAGGAAAAGUGGAGCAGUAACCAUUCUAAGAUGCUCUUAAUAGGCAGGGAGCAGAAUCUAAUGUGGCUUGGCAGUAAUGAGGGAGAAUUGCUUCUUUUCCAACUCAUGUGCCUCCAAAAAGGUAGAAAUGACCAGAGUUGGUGUGGCUUGAACCAAGUAAUCUUCCUCUCUUCUUUCUUCAAAACAACACUGUCCUACCUUCUGCUAGACAACAGACUCGGAUGUUCUGGCACUCUGGGUGCUGCUUGGUAUUUUUUUCCUCUUUCUAGCAUUUUAUGAGUUACAUAGAAAUGUAUUAGACACCAGGGGCACUUCUCAAAUAGGGUGGUUUUGUUUCAUCAGCAUUAAACGCAUUUUCCAGGGCUGCAGAAGGACUGAGGGCAGAUCAAGGCUAAACAUUCCUCCCUGCUGUGACACAGCUCUAUGUAAUAUUUUGGCCAGUUACUGGGAACAGCUAACAUUUGCUUUCAUGAGAAGUGGAAGAACUCCUGGCUGUCAUUAAUCCCUUAAGCAUUAUUGGCAGUGUUGCUCUGUCAUCUUCACCUCUCCUGUGACAGACAGGACAGAGAGGUCUCGUCUUGAUCUCAUGGUUGCAUUGUGGAGCUCCCUCAGCCUUUCCAUAGUGAUGAGGUGGCAGCAGCUGCCUUGUGUCUGGUACUGGAAGCUUCUCUGUUGCCAGGACAUUAUACAGAGGUUACUCAACAGCUGGUAACUGUUUAACUCUGGGUUUUUUUGCUUUCUCAAACCAAACAUCCUGGAGGGUGAGGGCUGGCUCAUUUGGCUAGCUGCUGUCCCCUCUGGAGAAGCACAUUUUGUGGCUCUGCUUCCUCUACAGCUUCAACAGCACUGCCAAUGAUGUGUCAUGUUCAGUUUCCCACCUAACCAAGCAGUUUUCACUGUUGCUAUUCAUUUGCACCUUGGCAAUCAGUCUUGCAUUUGACAUUAAUUUAUUUGUUGUCUGUAUUCAUGUCUUUAGUGUGUGAUUUUUAUUUUUUUUUUGUUACAAGAAAAUAAAAUCCUUGUGAAUGAA